AUGAUUAAAGAAGACAAACACCUCUGCAUGCUUUUUGGCUCUUUGGAUUUCCUCAUUUCAGAAUGGCCAAAGACUAUGACAGGUCUUCCCAGCACGUCAGGGACAACUGCCAGUGUGGUCAUCAUACGGGGCCUGAAGAUGUAUGUAGCUCAUGUGGGUGACUCAGGGGUGGUUCUUGGAAUUCAGGAUGACCCAAAGGAUGAUUUUAUCAGAGCUGUGGAGGUGACACAGGACCAUAAGCCAGAACUUCCCAAGGAAAGAGAACGAAUUGAAGGACUUGGUGGGAGCGUGAUGAACAAGUCUGGGGUGAAUCGUGUAGUUUGGAAACGACCUCGGCUCACUCACAAUGGACCUGUGAGAAGGAGCACAGUCAUUGACCAGAUUCCAUUUCUGGCAGUAGCAAGAGCACUUGGUGAUUUGUGGAGCUAUGAUUUCUUCAGUGGUGAGUUUGUGGUGUCACCUGAACCAGACACAAGUGUCCACACUCUCGAUCCCCAGAAGCACAAGUAUAUUAUCUUGGGGAGUGAUGGUCUUUGGAAUAUGAUUCCACCUCAAGAUGCCAUCUCAAUGUGCCAGGACCAAGAGGAGAAAAAAUACUUGAUGGGUGAGCAUGGACAGUCUUGUGCCAAAAUGCUUGUGAAUCGAGCUCUAGGCCGCUGGAGGCAGCGUAUGCUUCGAGCGGAUAAUACUAGUGCCAUAGUAAUCUGCAUCUCUCCAGGAGUGGGCACUCAGGGAGAUUUCACCAAUGAAGACGAGCUCUAUCUGAACCUGACUGAUAGCCCUUCCUAUAAUAGUCAAGAAACCUGCGUGAUGACUCCUUCUCCGUGUUCUACACCACCAGUCAAGUCACUGGAGGAGGACCCAUGGCCAAGGCUGAACUCUAAGGACCACAUACCUGCCCUUGUUCGUAGUAAUGCCUUCUCAGAGAAUUAUUUAGAAGUCCCAGCUGAGAUAGCUCGAGGGAAUGUCCAGGCUGCAGUCAUAUCCUCAAAAGAUCCAGAGCCACUUGAAGAAAAUUGCACUAAAGCCCUGACUUUAAGGAUACAUGAUUCUUUGAAUAAUAGCCUGUCAGUUGGCCUCGUGCCUACCAAUUCAACAAACACCAUCAUGGACCAAAAAAAUUUAAAGAUGUCGAUCCCAGGUCAAAUGAAAGCUCAAGAAGUUGAAAGAACCCCUCCAACAAACUUCAAAAGGACAUUAGAAGAAUCCAACUCUGGCCCUCUUGUGAAGAAGCAUAGACGAAAUGGUUUAAGUCGAAGUAGCGGUGCUCAGCCUGCAAGCCUCCCCACAAACUCACAGCGCAAGAACUCUGUUAAACUUACCAUGCGACGCAGACUUAGGGGCCAGAAGAAAAUUGGAAAUCCUUUACUUCACCAGCACAGAAAAACUGUCUGUGUUUGCUGAAAUAUAGCUGGAAUUUUUUUUUUCCAAACUUCUAAGAGGGCUUUUUGAAUUUGGUGCCGAAGUUGAACUUUUUUUAAGGGGACAAAAUAAAAAUAGUAUACAGUU